GACCGUUUCCGGUAUGUUUCCAAGAUGGCUGCCCACACAUGUAAACAUGCGACUUAAUCUGGAAGCUACCCGUGUUCACGUUCAACACUUCCACGGCGCGUCUACACCUCACGGAUUCGUGUGAUACCGAAUAGUUCGAUAGUAACUUUCAUUGCUGACUUGUUAACAAAGUAGGACUUCCGUUUGUGAGUUAUUACCGAGCCUGCGAGGCUAACAGCAGCGAGCUAACGUUAGCGUUAGCCAGGCAGCAGACAGCCAUGUCAGCGAACACCCUGUUUGUUCAGUGUCUACCAGCUACAGCCACAAAUAAACAGUUGGAGGAGGUAUUCUCUGAAAUUGGCCCGGUAAAGCAAUGCUUCGUGGUCAGAGAGAAAGGCACAGAGACAUGUCGGGGCUUUGGUUAUGUCACCUUUUCUAUGGUGGAGGAUGCACAACGAGCUCUGAAAGAAGUAAAAGAAUACGACGGGAAAAGGCUUUCUCUGUCAGUGGCUAAGGGGAAAUUAAAAGACAAUAAAAAACCAGCUCCAAAGCAGAAAGGCCUCAAGAAAAACCUCCUCAAAGCGAAACUCAUCAUAAGGAACCUCAGUUUUCAGUGCUCUGAAGAUGAUCUGAAGCAAGUUUGUGCGAAGUUUGGAGAAGUUCUUGAGGUCAAAAUACCCCUUAAACCUGAUGGGAAGAUGCGAGGAUUUGCGUUUGUCCUCUUUAAAACUGUGUAUCAAGCAGGGACAGCACUCAAAGAAUUAAACCUGAAGGAGAUCAAAGGUCGGCAGGUAGCGGUGGACUGGGCUGUGCCUAAGGACCGGUAUCUUGCCACACAGCAACCCUCAAGUGCAGGAAAUAAGAAUACUGCGGAGGCAACUGCAAAACAUUCAGACACAGAAAGUGAUGAAGAAGAGGAAGAAGAAGAGAAGCCACAGGCUGCACCUGAGAAGAAAAAAGUCAUCUCUAAACCAGCUGUGCAGCAGGUAGAGGAAUCCCAAUCAGAUGAUGAAGAGGAGAGCGAGGAACAAGACAGUGAAGAAGAAGAAGAAGAGGAGGAGGAGGAUGGUGAUGAUGAUGAUGAUGAUGAUGACAUAUCCCAGGAAGAAGAAGAUGAUAAAAGUAGCCUUGGUUCAAAUGAUGAUCAAGAUGAGAGUGUGGAUGAGGAUGAAGAUGAGGAUGAGGACGACGACGAAGAGGACAAAGCGGAGAAAGCAGCUCAAAAGAAAGCCAGGAGAAGACUUCUUCCUUCAGAUGUGAAAGAUGGCAGAACACUUUUCAUCAGGAACCUGUCCUUUGACACGGAGGAAGAAGGUCUCGAGGAAGUUCUUCUGCGGUACGGGGAGCUUAACUAUGUAAAGAUCGUUGUCAACCCCGACACAGAACAUUCAAAAGGUUGUGCAUUUGCUCAGUUUAAGACUAAAGAGGCUGCAGAAAAAUGCAUGGCUGCAGCAGAGAAUGAUUCAGAGAGUGGUGGCAUCCGUGUAGAUGGCAGGAAGCUGUUUGUUGUGGCAGCAGUGACCAGAGAAGAUGCUGCCAAACUGAAAGUGGACAAGACCAAAGUAGAAUCGGGCACCAGGAACUUGUACCUAGCCCGAGAGGGAUUGGUCCGAGCUGGAACUAAGGCUGCAGAGGGCGUGCCUGAAGCAGACAUGAUCAAAAGAACAAGAUUUGAGGAACUAAAGAGGGCCAAGCUUCGGGACAUGAACGUGUAUGUGUCAAAGACCCGUCUGUGUAUCCAUAACCUGCCAAAGUCAGUGGACAAUAAAAAACUCAGAGCACUGUGCCUGGAAGCAGUCAAAGACCAGAAAGGAGUCCGCAUCACAGAGUGCCGAGUGAUGUAUGAUAAGAAGCCAGUGAAGGGUCAGGUGACGGGAACAUCGUUAGGUUACGGCUUUGUCCAGUUCCAGGACCAUGAUCAUGCUCUCGGCACACUCCGUCACCUCAACAACAACCCCACCAUCUUUGGCCCGCACAAGAGACCUAUUGUUGAGUUCUCCCUGGAGGAUUUAAAGAAACUAAAAAUGAAAGAAGAGAGACAACAAAAAAAUAAGGAGCUUGCAAGAAAUCAGUAUAAAGGAGGAGCGAUACCUCGGUCACAGACGGCUAGAGAUGGAAAAGGACCCUGGAAAGGUGGAAAUGAAGCACCGUCCUCCUCAUUGCAGGCAGGAAAGGAGAGAGUUCCUCCUCAACAGCAGAAGAAAGACAAACGCUAUUCUGGCUUCAUGACCAACCCUGAGGUCGAGCACAUAGAUUUGGAGCACGGAAAGAAACGGAGGAAGGUUCUAGCUUUUCCCUCCCAUAGGGGACCCAAGAUCAGAAUGCGUGACAAAGGAAAGCAAAAGGCUCCACCACCUAAACAAGCAAAGCCUGGAUUCAACAGGAAAGAGCGUCAAAGACGACAGAUGGAAAAGCCCACACAGACCAGAAACCAGAAUGUUAAAAUGGCAAAGAAGCCUUCCAAGAACAGGGAUCGGGACCGCUUUGACAACCUGGUGGAGCAGUACAAGAAGAAACUGACGAGUAACUGCAACACCAACAUGAAGAGAAACAAGUGGUUUGAUAGUUAAAGUUGUGUGUGUGUGUGUGUGGUUGUGUAUGUGUGAGAGAAAAAAUUUGGUUGAGUUGUUGUUGAGAGGUUUUGCGUAAGGAGAGUGGUCUUCAUAAAUGUGUUUGUACAGUAUAUGAUGCCCUCUUCAAUUCCUUCAUCCUGUCCCUGUGUUUCUGUAAUCCAUGUUCAUGUUUGUUUUUUACUAUUAACAGAAAAAACUGACUGAUGUAAGGAUAGUUUUAUUUUUCAUGUACAUGGCUUUUUAUGAAACAAAAUUAAAUCCCCUUUGAAUUUGUGUCUUAUUGUAAAUCUUUACAUUAUUAUAAUAAAUCCCUGUUUGUUGGAUUCA